AGAGAGGGGAUAGCUGAGGGAAAACUCGCCUAUCUCCGGGUCCCCAGCAAAUCUGAUAACUAAGGAGACAAAGCUCUCUUCCUCUAAAGAAGUCGUGCCUUUCCUGUCCUGGUUCUCACGGGUCCCCCCAGCUCUUUCCUCCAACCCUACCCCGUACGCGGGGGGUCAUCGGGGACCUAAGGUCCCCCCCUCACAGGCUGUAUCUUCAGCGAGGUGGACUCACUGCCUCUCCAGGAAUUUGGGGCAGAAAAUGAAUAUCCCAAAGUCCCAGAGUGCACGGGAGUUACUCUGGAGGGCGAGGCAUAGGCGUCACCAGUGGGCUCCCCCUACCCGUACCCGACUCCACCCCGGGGGUGGGGCCGUCGCCUUCCUUCGGGACUCCGGAUCGAUCUGGAGCUCCGGGAAUUUCCCUGGCCCGGCCGCUCUGGGCUUUCCAGUCUCAACCAUGCAUAAAAAGGGUUCGCCGAUCUUGGGGAGCCACACAGCCCGGGUCGCAGGCACCUCCCCGCCAGCUCUCCCGCUUCUCGCACAGCUUCCCGACCCGUCUGCUGAGCCCCAUGGCCCGCGCCACGCUCUCCACCGCCCCCAGCAAUCCCCGGCUCCUGCGGGUGGCGCUGCUGCUCCUGCUCCUGGUGGCCGCCGGCCGGCGCGCAGCAGGAGCGUCCGUGGUCACUGAACUGCGCUGCCAGUGCUUGCAGACCCUGCAGGGAAUUCACCUCAAGAACAUCCAAAGUGUGAAUGUGAAGUCCCCAGGACCCCACUGCGCCCAAACCGAAGUCAUAGCCACACUCAAGAAUGGGAAGAAAGCUUGUCUCAACCCGGCAUCCCCCAUGGUUCAGAAAAUCAUCGAAAAGAUACUGAACAAGGGGAGCACCAACUGACAGGAGAGAAGUAAGAAGCUUAUCAGUGUAUCAUUGACACUUCCUGCAGGGUGGUCCCUGCCCUUACCAGAGCUGAAAAUGAAAAAGAGAACAGCAGCUUUCUAGGGACAGCUGGAAAGGACUUAAUGUGUUUGACUAUUUCUUACGAGGGUUCUACUUAUUUAUGUAUUUAUUUUUGAAAGCUUGUAUUUUAAUAUUUUACAUGCUGUUAUUUAAAGAUGUGAGUGUGUUUCAUCAAACAUAGCUCAGUCCUGAUUAUUUAAUUGGAAUAUGAUGGGUUUUAAAUGUGUCAUUAAACUAAUAUUUAGUGGGAGGCCAUAAUGUGUCAGCCACCUUGAUAAAUAACAGGGUGGGGAACUGGAGGGUGGGGGGAUUGAAAUGCAAGCAAUUAGUGGAUCACUGUUAGGGUAAGGGAAUGUAUGUACACAUCUAUUUUUUUAUACUUAUUUUUUUUAAAAAAAGUAUGUCAGUUGUUAUUUAUUCAAAUAAUCUCACAUUAUGUGUUCAACAUUUUUAUGCUGAAGUUUCCCUUAGACAUUUUAUGUCUUGCUUGUAGGGCAUAAUGCCUUGUUUAAUGUCCAUUCUGCAGUGUUUCUCUUUCCCUUGGAAAAGAGAAGUUAUCAUUACUGUUACAUUUGUACAAAUGACAUGAUAAUAAAAGCUUUAUGAAAAAAAA